ACAGAUGACAAAGUCAACGUACACAUUUUCUUUCAGUCCUACUUUUAUUUUCUUCUCUCCACCACAGAUAUUAAGUUUAAGGAUAUGGAUUUGUACAACAUAUAUAUGGUAGAGAAACAUGUUAAGAUUACAUAUGAAGUAGACAACCUACAAAAUUUUCCAAUCUUACCCAAUUUUCUUAUAUGAAUUCAGACCUGUACAAGGCAGCCUCUAAUGGCCAAAUCGGCCCCUUCAAGGAAAAGCGCAACAAACUUAAUCUUACCCAAUUAGUUACCCGAGGAAAGAACACAGUUUUGCAUCUGAAUAUCAUUUCUGAGAAAACCACUGACAAAAUCUUCGCAAGAGAGAUCCUGGAGAUGUGUCCAGCAUUGUUGAUGCAAGGUGAUGCAAGAGAGGAGACUCCCUGGCAGCAAGGUAUGGUCGUGUGUUUAUGGUCAAGUUUCUUAUCGAACAAUGUGAAAACAACCAAGUGAUGAAAUUACAGAUGUUGAGGAUGAAGAAUAUAGAAAAGGACACUGCGUUGCAUGAGGCUGUGAGGUUCGGACAUGAUGAGGUUGUAAGAAUAUUGACCGGAGAAGACCCUGGUUUCCGGUAUUCGGCUAAUGAAGCGGGUGAGACUCCGCUUUACUUAGCCAUACAAAGAAGCUACUGGUGCUUGAAAUUGGUUGAUGAACUAUUGAAGAAUUGGUCGACACUGGACACUGGUGUUCCUAAUGGAGGAACUCUACUGCAUGCUGCAGUUAAAACAGGCAACCAAGAUUUGGUGAGAAAGCUUUUACCAAAAGUAGAACAUCUGAUGAACCAAGGCGAUGAGGAGGGAUGUACUCCUCUGCACCAUGCUGCAACUAUUCAAUAUUCUACUGGUAAAACUAUUACAGAGAUGUUGGUUGAAAAUGAUGAAAGUAGUGCCUACAUCAAAAAUAAACAUGGUAUGACACCUCUCCACAUGGCAAUUGCCAAUGACAAUUGGAAUGUAAUGAAUGUAAUUAUGUGGAGAUGUCCAGAUAGCUGUCAGGUUGUUGAUAACAAGGGCAGAAAUGCUCUACAUUAUGCUGUCACAACUCAAGAUGUUGAUACAGUAAAAGUAUUCUUGGAACAUUCUUCACUUGUUGGCAAUGAUCACUGGUUUUUGAAUGGAAAAGAUAUAGAGGGAGAUACUCCCUUGCUUCAUAUGGCUGCUACUUCAUCAUGGCAUGUCGAAAUUUUUGAUGCUUUGUUGUCUAACCCAAGAGUUGAUAAGAUGGCAUCCAACAAACAAAACAUCAAUAUUAUAGAUAUGGUCAAUCGUUUGGACAAAAAAGAAGAUAUAAAGAUCCAAGAGAAAUUGCAUCAAGUCCUCGUUAAACACAAAAUAUUAGAGAAAGAUGUUAUUUACCCAGAAUCAAUGCCAGUAAAUCCUUACUAUGAAAAAAGAUUAACAGACCGCGAAGAAAUAAUGAAAGAGGAGAGAAAUGAGUGGAAUGAAAGGAAAAAGUUCAUCACUACAAAAUACAAAGAGUCAGCUCUAGUUGCAGCCACAUUAAUUGCAACAGUAACAUUUACAGCCGGUUUCACUUUGCCUGGAGGUUAUUUUAGUAAUGAGCUUAAAAAUCAACAACAACAACAACUACUUGGCACUGCUGUUCUCACCAAUAACAAAGCCUUUCAGGCUUUCAUGAUAACAGACACAAUAGCCAUGGUACUCUCUACUACGUCCGUCUUUAUGAACCUCUUCCUCACUAUAUUGUCUUCUGAAAAACAUACUAGUGAAGACUUACUGUCGUGCUAUAUUGGGACUAUGGUUUUGGCAAUGGUGGCUAUGGGAUUAAUGGUGAUAGCAUUUGUUACGGGUACGUAUGCAGUGUUGUCACCUUCCCCUGCUCUUGCUAUUGCCACUGGUGUUAUUGGAUUGUCUUUCUUUGGUCUUAUAUACUACACAGUAAAUAGGAGCAAGAGCAAGAGCAAAUGCCCAGUACAACUGUUUUGCGAUUACGAAGCUUGCUAUAUACUUAAAUUCGUUUUCUUUUUGCCAGUAAUACGUUUCCGAAAAAAACCACCUGUCCCCAAGUUACCCAUCUCUUCCCUCUACCUCCAAUAAAUGAUUUGGUUUAUUAGUACUCUCUAAUUAUUAAUUAAUUCUCUCUCUCUCUCUCUCUCUAUUUAUUAAAUAAUUAAUAACAAAUGCAUGUAAACUAUCAAAGUUAUUUUUCUCCUGAAAUAUCAAAAUCUUUUAAACUUA